UUGUUUCCGCUGCUGCCCUGUCAAUGAAAGUAGAAGACGAAAAAGUGUCUAACCUUCUCAGCUCGUUCAGCUCACCUUAGCAGCAAUUUGUCUUUUGCAGCCUGCAGGUACGCCUUGGGUCCAGCCGCCAUGCCCGUCGAUUCACUGCUCAUCGUAAGGAGGUCCUUCCACCACGACCAGCCCUGGCAAAAGACGAUGUCCUGGGACGCCGUGGCGGCGGUGCUCCUCGUCAUCAUGCUCCUGAUACUCUUAAUUUCCCAUCUGCUCUCCUCAGACGUUACUCCAACUACAGUAACUACAGGCGCCACAACCACAGGAACUCCCAACACGACGACCACCGUGACGGUGCCAGCCAAGGUUUCCAAACGAGAGGACGUGCCAGUGAUCCCUGCCGUCCCCGAGGUCCUGAUCUGCGGCACGAGCGGCGUGGGCAGCGGCGAACUUCCCCGCGCCAUCAGCACCUACUGUUCCCACGCCAUCUUUACGGGGGAACUGAUCGUAGAUGAGGACGACUACGGCGCCUACUACUUCCACGUGCCGGACAAAGAGGCCCUGUCGGAGUUCCUGAAGGUCAGGGACCACGUGAAGCGCUACGUGUCCGUGGGCUGCUCCAUGUUCCGCGACAACGGCAGCGCCGCCCUGGUGGGAGCAGUCUCUCGCUUCCUCAGCAAGCACGAGCUGUCGGGGGUUGAGCUCAGGGCGGGCUCCCAAGAGGACCUGGACGCGGCCGUCCUCCUCUUAAGGACAUUCCACCGGAUCCACCCGACUGACCUGUACCUAAUAUUGAGGAUCUCAUCGGCGCUCCUACCCGAUAAGAAGUUCUUCGAGGACGUGUCGAUGCACCUGGAGCACAUUAUAUUCGAGAGCCAGGAGCUUGAAGCGGACCACCAGCAUUCGAUUCGGUUUCCCAAUCCGUACCAGCCGUCGGGAAAGGCGGUCACCAAUGGCACCUUCCUCAAGCAGCAGCUGUCCAAGGUAUGGGCCUUGCGCCAGUCUCUGGAAAGAGCGGACGGCUGGUGCCUCAGCCUGUCCCUGGGGGUGAUCAAGAACAUCAGGGACAGCCUGUACAUGCACCUCGCCCGGAUCACCCGAUACGAUUACACGAGCCUGCAUGAGGUCUGCGGGUUGCUCAACAACGGAGAGGUCAAGUCCAACCCUCGAUCCAUGUCUCGCUUCCUGAACACGGACUACGUCUUCUACGGAUUCGAAGACCGACACAGUCUUGUUCACAAGAUGUCCCGCCUCCUGCACGAGUUCCCCGGCAUGUGCUUGGCCGCGUACGACGUGGAGCGCGACGACGUGGACGGCUACUUCAGGGCCUCGGGCCACGACGUCGGCGCGCCCCUCAUCGGAGUCCUGCACUCCAUGGUCUUUCCCCAAUAGCCGCGCCUUUCUUCUAUAGAUGCACCUCCUCCAAAUAAAGAUGAACGAUACGAUUUUGUUAA